CUAGAUGGCCUCCGCACGCACACCACGGCAGCGCGAGCUGUUUGAAAUCGCCAAGUCUUACAGUUGGGUCAACCUCAAAAGCUCAGGGAUUGCCGAUGAAACUGCUGUCGUGAUUGCCGAGGGUCUCAAGGAGAAUCGCAAUUUGCAGAUGCUUGAUUUGAGUGACAACCAGAUUGGCGACGCGGGGGCACAGGCGAUCGGGUCUGUGCUGCGGAACAAGGCGAGCCUGACUGGACUCUACUUGGACAAGAACACGAUUGGUGAUACCGGCGCUCGUGCUAUCGCUGACGGCUUGCAGACGACGACUGCGCUGACCGAGCUCAGGAUGAACGCCAAUCAAAUUGGCGAUGCGGGAGCACAGGCGAUCGGAACCGCUCUCCGGAACAAGGCCAACCUGUCCCUCCUCUACUUGAACAGCAACAGGAUUGGUGAUUCCGGCGCUAUUGCCAUUGCUGAAGGCAUGCAGAUGUCGACCGCGCUCAUUGACCUGAGGAUGAACACCAAUCAAAUCGGCGACGCGGGAGCACAGGCGAUCGCAUCCACUCUCCGGAACAAAGCCAACCUGUCAAUCCUCUACUUGGACGAGAACAAGGUUGGCGAUGCCGGAGCUCGUGCUGUCGCUGAAGGGUUGCAGGUGUCGACAGCACUGACGCGACUCGGGAUGGACUCGAAUCGAAUCGGCCACGCGGGGGCGCAAGCGAUCGCAGCUGCGCUGCGGAAUAAGGCCAACUUGUCCAGACUGUCCUUGAGCAAUAACAAGAUUGGUGACACUGGAGCUCAAGCCAUCGCAGAAAGCCUGCAGACGGCUACUGCUCUGACCGAGCUCGGGAUGCAAACCAAUCACAUCGGUGACGCGGGAGCACAGGCGAUCGGAUCUACUCUCCGGAACAAGGCCAACUUGUCCAUCCUCUACUUGCACAGGAACAAGAUUGGUGAUACUGGAGCUCGUGCCAUCGCCGAAGGGCUGCAAACAUUGAGCGCGCUGACGGACUUUAGGAUGAACGACAAUCAAAUCGGAGACGCGGGAGCGCAUGCGAUCGGAUCUGCGCUUCGGAACAAGGCGACCCUGUCGAAACUCUCUCUAUCAAACAACCAGAUCUCCUCAAGUGCUGCUCAGCUUUUAUCCCAAAGCGUUCCCAAAACUUGCGAGUUCUCGGCCGAGAGUCAGCGAGGCAGCUUUCAAGAUGCCACCCCUCCUGCGAGUCCAUCCGUCAUCUCAACGAAAACUGCCCACCUAUCGGAUACCCCCAGCUCGCCUCUUCCCACGUCUGAUUCAAUGUCUCAGGAUGUUCGCCAGCUCCAGGCGCGUAUUGCUCAAUUGGAACUAGCUCAGCAAACCACCAACCCCAUCAACUCUGGCAUUCCGCGAGUGCCGUUGCAAGUUCUGUCGCAAGCAACAGCGCAGUUUUCAGAGUCCAAGCGCAUCGGCGCAGGUGGAUUUGGCCACGUCUACUCUGGUGUCUGGAGUGGUCAGCCCGUUGCGGUCAAACGGCUUGCAGCGGGUUCGAACCAAGGCGUCGCUCAGUUCGAGUCAGAGCUAGAAGCCCUAUCGCGUUUCCGCCACCCGAAUAUCGUCACCAUCAUGUGCUAUGCUCAGGAAGGCAACGAGCGCUGCCUGGCCUUCGAGUUGAUGGCAAACGGUUCUGUUCGUGAUCGUCUCGAUCGCAAGGGUGGCACGCCUGCAUUGAGUUGGGAUCAGCGCCGAAACAUUGCCACAAGUAUUGCAAAUGCUAUGCACUUUGUCCAGACUGCCAUUCCGCGACAGCCGCUGUUCCACCUGGAUCUCAAGACGGACAAUGUGUUGCUGGACGCUCAGUUCAACGCAAAAGUCGCCGAUUUCGGUUUGACGCGCUCUGCGCCGAUGCAAGUGGACGGACAAAGCUACGUUCAUACCCAGACUGUUCAAGGAACUCUUCUUUAUAUUUGCCCAGAGUACCAGCACGAAGGCAAGGUUUCCAUCAAAACGGAUGUGUACUCGUACGGCAUGAUUCUGCUUGAGCUCGUUACUGGACAGCCGCCCAGCCUCAAUCUGAUGGCCAACGUUCGACGCGAGCUUAAAAAGAGCCGUAAAGUUGAUGCGGUGCUUGACAAGGCGAUUGACUGGAGCAUUCAGGACAAGGAGGCGGCACAAGCCAUGGCGGAGCUUGCUUCUGAUUGCCUCGAAACCGUACGAGUUGACCGACCAUCGUUUGGCGAAAUUCUGAGGCGAUUGUCUGGGAAAGAAGCUGCAGGAGCAAAUGAGGAAGAGGCUGUUGCAGGCAGCGAUCGUGAGUGUUUGGUCUGCUUCAACGCCCCGACCAAUGCCAAGCUGAUGCCGUGCUACCACGCAUGCGUCUGCGUUGCGUGUGCUCAAUGGAUGAUACAGCGUCAAGACAAGUGCAUGAUUUGCCGAGUCCCUCCGACUUCGUUUCAAGAAGGCACGUUCAACCAGACUUUUGUUCAGUGAACUGCUCUGUGGUUGAUGAUUGAGAGUGUAUUCAUCUGGCACAUGUCAGCGGAAAUAAACUGAACAAAAAUCCA